CCACCCCCUCCCUUCUCGUCUAUUUCAGACAGUCUGUUUUGCUGCAGUGAACGUUAGCGGUAUAAGGGAAGUAAAAGCAAGGAAAAAGAAGGGACGAGCGACAGAAGAAAGCAGACAGGCUGAUCCAGUGGGGCCAAGAGCGAGAUAACGCAAUCCAGUCCCUUUGCAUCCCGAGCAUCAGCACGCAGUUCAGCUGGAGGAGAUUGCAGAGGGAUAACGUUUCGGUGCCACCUCGGUUUAUCCUAACUAUCCGUGAGUGCGCCAUCAGCGGCCUGAGGACACUCGGUGAGACAGGCGGAUGAAGGUGUCUGCGCGUCACACCAUGCCAUUCCCAACAUUCCCCGUUUCCUUUCUAUGGACUCUGUGCUCCGUCAACGUCUUCGUCUUAACAGCCUACAGUGACCUUCUCUUGGAGGAUGACCCCUUCCAGCCCGUGACCUCUGACGAGACGGUGGCGGUAGGUGGGACAGUGACGUUGACCUGCCAGGUGGCGGAGAACGACAACUCCUCCCUCCAGUGGUCCAACACGGCACAGCAGACGCUCUACUUCGGAGAGAAGAGGGCACUGAGAGACAACCGGAUCCAGCUGCAUCGGUCCACCCCCACUGAGCUGUCCAUCACCAUUUCGGACGUGCAGCUCUCCGAUGAGGGAGAGUACACCUGCUCCAUCUUCACCAUGCCAGUGCGCACGGCCCGGGCCACCGUCACCGUGAUGGGUGUCCCUGGGAAGCCCCAGAUAUCAGGGUAUGAGGACCCAGUGCUGGAGGGGGAGAGAAUUACCCUGACCUGCACCAGCUCUGGGAGCAAACCGCCGGCCAAACUGCGCUGGUACAGAGGCCAUGAGGAGAUACAGGGUCAGCCGCAAGACGUGGCGCCCGACCCAGACGACCGUACCUUCAGGGUACGCAGCGAGCUGCACUUGACCGUCACGCGGGCCGACAACGAGGCGCCCAUCGCCUGCACCGUGGACCACCCUGCCCUGGCCGAGGGGGACAAGAGGACAGAGCGGCAGCUCAUUGUGCAGUACUCCCCCGAUGUGUAUAUCCGGCCGGGGAGCGACCUUCCUCGGGAGGGAGAGAAGUUCCUGCUGCAGUGCGUGGGAAUCGGAAACCCAGAGCCCACCUCUUACGAGUGGAAGAAGAACGAUGGAGACCUCCCCUCACUGGCCAAGGUCGAUGGGAGCUUCCUGCGCUUCGAGCUCCUCAACAAGUCUGACAACGGGAUGUACCUCUGUCAGGCCAGCAAUGGCAUCGGCCGAGGUCAAGGAGACUACGUUCUUCUGGUGCAAGAUGCAGCUGAUGGCGGUGCAGAUCCCACAGCCAUGACAGCCUCUAAUGGGGUUGACCACGCCGUCAUCGGGGGAGUGGUUGCAGUCAUCUUCUUCAUCCUCCUCUGUCUCCUCAUCGUCCUUGGUCGAUACCUCAUCAGACACAAAGGGACAUACCUGACCCACGAGGCAAAGGGUUCGGACGAGGCUCACGACGCCGACACCGCCAUCAUCAACGCGGAGGGCGGCCACUCCAGUGCAGAGGAGAGGAAGGAGUACUUCAUCUAGUGCUGGGGGGGUGGAGGGGGGUAGGGUGCCGAAGGAGACGUCUCCGUUUGUCUUCACAAGCUUCAGUUCCUCACAAUUUCACAAGAAGGGGCGGAUGGCAUGACAGAGAUGCGCACAGUGAAGUAGAAGGAAAAAGAAACCAGAAUGAACUGGAGACGGGGAUUCAGAGAGCCGACUUCACUGGGUGAAACAUGUUACGUCAUACAAACUCACAUGAACAGCCAACUCAUACACGCGCACACACACACACAUGCACACACACCUAAGCAGAUCCAUGUUUGUGUGUAGUGGGGUGAGAGGGUCUUUUCGAUGGCGAAAUUGUAACGUGGAAAAACACGAAAACGAUACACUCCACCAGGGUACUAUGGCAACGACAUGCGCAUUCAUGGUAUGGAAUUCCAGUAUAAAUAUAUAAAUAUAUAUAAAUAGUUAGCAUUGUUUUUACUCAACAAAAAAGGUUUGGUGUGCUGUAAAUACAACCUUUUUCUCUUAACUGUCCUUCCCCUUCUCUUCUCUCUCUGUAUGUAACACUGUGUCUGGUACUACAGUAUAUAUUCUAAGGCCUGCCUGUUUUUAUUACAUGCGUGGAAAUGCCGAGUAAAAAAAUUAAAAGAAAAUAAAUAUCUGAGAAAAAAAAAAUGUCGGAACGGAAACAGCUGCAAAGAUUUAUAUGGGUUCAGUUUACUCUGAUUCUUCUGUUCUUGUGUUGCCGUCAGUGUCACAGCGUGGGUCUGUUGGUCUGUCUGGAAAGAAUUAGGUUUUAUAAUUAAAAGUUAUGAUUUCGCACUGAAUGGGUUUUAUUACCGACGGUCACAGUAGUAACCUUUAUAACCGCGGCGAUGAGAAGGACGAUCGCUGUCGCCGUGUUUUAAUUUCACUUGGUGGACUUCGCCCUAAGGUUGGUUUUCCUGUUUGACAGCAUCUCCUGCUGCUGAAUGUACCUGCUGCGCUUAAUUUAGUGAUCGACUGGACUCUCACUCUUCAUGCAGUAAAACCAGGGUAAAAUCCUCUGUCAUACCCAAGUCUGCUUAGGCCCAGGUGAAAUCAGCGCUGAGUCUUCGUUCUCUCUCGUCCUUCCUUUAACCCUGCCGCUUUCUCUGCCUCUCCCUGUCUCCCGAACUCUCUUCCCGCACAGACAGUUAGCUAGGCCUAUAAGCCGUCACAUUACACUGACAUUCCCGAUAUAGUGUCUUAACAAAGGUGUGUUUUUGAAUUUACUUUUACUUAUUAACGACGUUAUUUUUGGCGACGGAGUGGCAUUCUAAACCUGUGGUAUUUUCUGCACAUAUGUGUAACGAUCAGGGAUUUAAUCUUGUUAACGAUACGGCUGCGCUUUUCAAGCAUACGUCCUGCUCCUCUCAAGCAAAGCGACCAGUAAAGGCGGAAACGCGGACUCUGGUUGCGUCAUUCAGUAGUGACAGCGGCUCACCACUAGAGGACAGUAUAAGCAGCACUGGUUCUUCCAUGCAGGAUUUCCUGUCUAGUCGAAUCUUUCUCCCAGUAAUUUCUUUGUGUCCAGGAAGCAAGGGGAAGACUCCAGUAGGUCUUGUUUUAUCAAUGUGUUGAAAAGUGUUGUUUUUUUUCAGUGAUUAUGAUCUUUUUUCAUGUGUGUGGAUAUUCUAUUAAUUUGAAUUAAAUUCAUUAUCUUCUUGAAGCUUCUCGAGUAGUCUUACAGUGGUAUUUUUUGGAUGACAAUGUUAUUUUGAAUGAAAAGUCUUCCUUUUUGAAUGAGUAUUCAUAUCAUGUGGAACUACUUGUUUUGUAUUAUGGCUUACGAUGUCAUCGGGGAAAUCCUGCUUCAUGACAUCAUUAGAGGUACUUUAGCUGAGACGUUCAUUUGUUUUGUUCAUACAGUUUUCAUCUUUUGUUACAAUAUCAAUAUGGUACUUUAUUUCAAUAAACAUGCAUUUGAGUUAA